ACAAGAAUUUCGUCACAGUAGGAAUCCAUGGUAGGAAUGCGAUUCACACUUUUGACAGGUGACAGUAGUGCGAUGUGCACUUGGUGCGUCGUCGUUCGGGCUCAAAAAAUGUGAACCCCGAGGUGCUGAUUACGGUAAAUGGCGUCAAAUAACGUUUUGCAUCUAAUAUUAACUGCACGAGAGAUGCGAGAGUCAGCUUUGCAGCACUACAUGCUCCAAGAAGUAUCUUACAAUGAGUAAACGUGAAAAAAAGAACGAGCUUGUAUUCCGCUAUGGUUUCUUCUCAUUGAUGCUACUUUGUAUGCUGUUAGCAUCAUUCAGACCUGAUUUUGGAGGGGUAAAUGGAGUGAUGAAUGGAAACUUGGCAAUUUGGUAUUUUGCUGUGCCUUUAACGUACCUAGAAGCUGGACUAUCUUUUAGUCCAAGUUCACUCUACAUAGCACUAAGUAACGGAUACCUUCUAAUUUUUGUGCUAUGUUUUGUGUACAUUUUGAUGCCUCUAUUGAUCAGAGUCGGAACAAGCCUCUUAACAUACGUUGGAGUCAACGUUUGGCUCCUUAAAGGGAUGGAGGUAUUAUACUGUAUGCCACCCCCGUUUAGUACAGGUCUUGUAUUGAGUCGAUUAGCAGAUGCAGAUCUACCGACCAGUAUAGUUACAACGUUGAUAUCAUAUUUUGUUGGAUUCUUCCUAUCGCCAUUCUUGUUAUACAUGAUGUUAGGUGCAUCAACCGCACCAUUUGUUGGCAUCAAUGUGAGAGAGUUAUUAUUGAGUACCGUGAUACCCUUGGGAGUUGGUGCUAUUCUGCAGCCCACUCUUACUAAAUUGAACAUUUGUUACGGACUACAGACAGCAUGGGUUCCGCAAGCAGCUUUAUUGUUAACUGCAUAUCACUGGUUCUGCGAUGCCUUAUCAGCAGACGCAUCAUCUCUUCAGGCGGUUGACAUUUUACUCUGCGUACUCAUAGCUUGCAUACAGCAGCUCAUCGUUGCCUGGCUUUGUUGGGCACUGUGUUCUCGAUGGUUACCAAGACGUGUUCUUCUGGCUGCCUUGUUCACUACGACACAUAAGUCCGUUGGAUUGGGAGGAUGGCUUCUCCGAGGAGCCUACCACGGAUCAGCUCAUGGUCCCUCGAUCACUUUGCCACUCUCAGUUUUACCAGUUGCACAACUUUUGCUAGGAAGUCUUCUGGCUAAUUGGGUGGCACCCUGACGAAGGGCAAGAGGCGAGGGGUUAGAUGCAAGAGUACCUCUCCUCACGUCUUCGAAAAUCUGCAUAACUCCACAAUCAAUACAACCAGUAGUAUACGAAUUUGUUCCAGGCGUCGUUUAAUUUUUAUCAUUCAAGCAAACCAUUCAAACCCACAAAGCAAAAACAGUAGAAGUGGACUAAUUGAAUUUCAAUGGUUAUUCUACUGUGAGUUAAUACGCAUUUGCUCAAACAUACUACAACCGAAGUGAUCGAUGAAAUUUCAGAAUCAUGAAUUUGUAAGAAUAAUAUAAGUAUCCUCGAUCAAAUGUAGCAUGUAUCAGUAUACGCAAAGGUAAUACAAUAAUAGAUAAUUUUACGUAAUGAACUUAGCUCACUACUAUUUAUGCAUUUCGUAAUUUACAAUUUCAAAACUCUUUACAAUAGCGUAGCGUAACACAGCUUUGCUUAUUUCAUUGUUCGAUGAAGUUGAAGUUAUCCGGCGAUGGCUUAAUACUGUUAGAGGUGAAAUAUCUAAUCUACUAAAAAAAGUUUACCAAGUUUACAAAUAUUUAUGAUAUAGGUAUGCAAUUCCGAUAGAGACUCGUCGAUUUUAAAUAAUUAGUUCUCAAUGGUGAGUGUAUGCGAUAUUGAAGUUUUUCCAGUUUACAUCUUAUUAAAUUUUAGGUAGGAACUAAUUACUCACUUAAAUAGAACUAUUAUUAAAGGAUCUUUGCAACAGAUACAUCUAGUGUACAGUGGAAAGAUCAAGCAUCGGUGAUUCGUUUUGCUAUCAAGGGUCUUGCUCAUGUGUCCAGACUUUAUGGAGAGGACCAGAAUGAUACGUGCUGAUGUAGUUUUAUAUCACUUUUUGGUGUAGAAGAAAUAAGCCCAUACGCGAUAAGGCAAUCUACCAAUAUAGCAAGAGGCGCGUUCGAAGUCCGGUUCCAAAGGUCCUUAAAGUGCCGAGAAUUUUGAAGCACUAUUUAGUAUUACAUAGGCGAGUAUUUGACAAUUUAGAAUUUUCCAGAAUAAGCUAUUUAGAUACAAGUAUUUUAGUAUUUCGCUAAUUAAUGAGGCGUAAGCAUUAACUCUAGCGUUGGCUAAAGACGGUCAACGGCUGUAGUCUUGACAUCCUUUGUGAUAUUUUCCGAACAAUCUAGCUCUAGAUAUGAAAAAUAAAUUAAUUAAUCUACAUCAUAUUUA